AUGUCCUGGCCACUGCAUGCGCGAACUGGAGCGGCCGUAUGGCCUCGCAAGAAUCCAGUUUCAGUUACGUCCAGGUCGACGGACUCACCCCGUCCGCUUAGGCUCUGUCAGUCUCCCUUGACCAGCAGCAGUCCAACACCAGGAUCCCCAAUGAGUGGGCUAGCCGCCAUGAGGUCAUCGAUAUCCAGUAUCGAUCCAUCAACACCACCAAAAGAGGGAUCGCUAUCCUCGACACCCAAGGCAGGAUCACCAUAUUCAACAGUACCGAGGGCCACUAAAAAGUUCAACAGGCCUUUCAGUCAACAGGUCUACAAGGAACCAGUCCAAAAUUUGCGCUACUCAAAGCCCGAGUUUGUUGCUUCAGGUAUAGUUGCCUACAGCGGUGAAGAUGAAGACUCCCAAGCCAUAAAAGGCGCUUCCGAGACCGAAAAUCCCCAACCCGAGGAACUGGAUGGCUCAAGACAUCCCAGAUUUUAUCGGCCACGUCACGGAGAUGAAUCACCGUCAAAGCCAGAUGAACAGCAGCAGUCCAGGGGCCGGCGCAUGGACAGUCCAAAACUAUCUCUAGGGCAGCAGAUCCGAUCCAAGUCGGAAAAUCCCAGUCGGAGAAAGCGUCAGCCGCAGCAGAAAGAUCAACCAUUCGCAGCCUGGAAGUACAGAGAUCCCAUGUACGCCCACCCAUAUCUGGGAACCCCGAGCUCAAGCCUGCGGCCGUCGCCCAUCGAUCGUGGACAGCGAGCACGCUCUAGCUCUGUGCCGUCUCGGUUGCGCCAUACGAGACCUUUUUGGCGGGCGCAUGGCUUGCCCUGCGAUGUGGAUGAGGCGAGAAGUGCUUUGAUGGCAAUGUGGCUCUAUCAGGAGCAGCUCCAAAGUCGUUACACCGAUGGAGAGGGAAAGGGCGAGGGUGUUGUCCUCAAGCUUGGUAGGGACAGCUUUACUUGCUGCCCUGCAACUUUAAGGGAUGAGAAUGACGGCAUUUUUGAUGCUGUCCAGAAAAUGAAUGUUCGAUGUGCCAUAACUGUCAAUACGAUCGUCAUGCGAGCGCUAGUCGAGAUUCUCAAGCACCAAGGGCUUGGUUCGAUGCCUCUCGAGGGUGGAUUACAGGUGCAGAUUCUGAAGUCCACCAAAGACCUGCCUGGAUGUCAACUACAUCAGUUCGCAGCCUUUAUAGAGGAAAAACAAAUCCUUGUUGUGUGGGACGACGACCCAAAGGCCAUCUUUGACCGCGCAAAGAGGCUUGAGAAGAAGGCCAUGGCCCUUAUCUGGCCGCCUGACGAGCGCCACUCGUUCGACAGUAUGACCGCAGUCCAAGGCAGCCAAGGCUACAGAAGAAAGGGUAUUGGUGACGACAGCACGGCAGCAGGCAGCAGACAAGAUCUAGAAGAUACAUUGCCGUCCCACGAGCGGCCAAUCAAUCUUACCAGCAGCUGCAUCGUGGGAUUAUCGCUAAUGCUUUGCAUCAGCGCCCUCGGUUUAGGAUGGAGAUUGCUUGCAAGGGACAGCACUGUUGAUGGAGACUGGAAAAGAAUUAUUUUCCUGGUUACUGCUCCUGUGAAUCUCUUUAUCAGCUUGUUCUUCUUCUACUCGUUGGUGUCCAACUUCUUUUUGAUGCUAGGCUCAAGCAACUCUGUCAAGAGCAACUCAAAGUACUACUCGGGAAGACGACCACGGGGUAGUGCAGCGGCGUGGAAGGGCAGGCCCUUACCGCACGUUACGAUCCAGAUGCCGGUCUAUCGCGAAGGCCUGUUGGCCGUUAUCAAACCAACAGUGUUUUCUUUGAAGACAGCUAUCUCCACGUACGAGAUGCAGGGCGGCACUGCCAACAUAUUCAUCAACGACGAUGGCAUGCAGCUUCUCUCCGAGAGCAAGGCGCAAGAGCGACGAGACUUUUACGACGAGCACAACAUCGGCUGGGUUGCAAGGCCAAAGCACAACCAACCAAGCUCUUCUCGAUCGUCAGGCAGCAUUUUCGGACAGCGCCAAUGGCUACUGAAGGAGGGUGACAAACGAAUAGUGGAUGUGCAAGGUGACGGGGUAAAUCCUGGAAAUCCACACUUCAUCCGGCGCGGCAAGUUCAAAAAGGCGUCUAAUAUGAACCACGCCCUGCACAUCUCCAAUUGCGUCGAUAAGAAGCUUGCAAGUAUGGGCAGACCCCAGGAAAGCUGGAGCUGGGCCUCCGAGAAUGCUGCAUACAACAAGUGUCUUACUGAGACGCUAGCGGAGGAUCUACACGGCACAUGGGCGUCGGGCAACAUCCGGGUGGGAGAUUAUAUCCUUGUUGUAGAUUCGGACACGAGGGUCCCUGCCGACUUUAUACUGGAUGGUGUUACUGAGAUGGAUCAGUCUCCAGAGGUUGCCAUAUUGCAGUACACCUCGGGGGUGCUGCAGCUGACAGACUCGUACUUUGAAAAUGGCAUCGCCUGGUUUGCGAACUUGAUAUACGCGGCAAUAACCUUUGCCGUCGCGUCAGGCGAUUGUUGCCCAUUCGUCGGCCACAACGCCCUGAUGCGCUGGUCAGCCAUCCAGGACUCGGCGGCAUACCACGACGAAGCAGACGGUCGCGAGAAGUACUGGUCAGAAUCUCACGUCUCAGAGGACUUUGACAUGGCGAUGCGGCUACAGAUGGCCGGCUGGACACUGCGCUACGUCGCAUACACGGGCACCACCCCGGCCGCCGCCGAGCACGACCGGGUCGCCAAGUCCUUCGCCGAGGGGCUCAGCCUGACCGUCCACGACGAGCUCGCGCGCUGGGAGAAGUACGCUUACGGCUGCAGCGAGCUGCUCUUCAACCCGCUGUGGCAGUGGCCGACUAAGGGGCCGUUCACCAGGCGGUUCGUCAGCUUCGUCCUGUCUCCCAACAUACGGCUGCCGGUCAAAAUCACCGUCGUCAGCUACAUGGGCACAUACUACGCCGUCGCGGUCGCGUGGAUAAUUGCCCUGUUCAACUUCUUCUUUAUGGGCUUCUUCUCGGGCCUGUACCGCUCGUUCUAUCUCGACGCCUUCGCCAUCUACAUCUCGCUGCUUUUCGUCUUCCCGUUCAUGGGCAACGUCGCACUCGCGGCGCACCGGUAUCGACUUGGACAGAAGAGCAUCAUGGGAGCUUUGUUGGAAAACUUCAAAUGGGUUCCCAUGUUCACAAUCUUCCUCGGGGGAAUCCCAAUCCACUUGUCGCAGGCCAUCGCCGCCCACCUCCUGGGCAUCGACAUGACCUGGGGCUCUACCGCCAAGGAGGUCGAGGAGGUCGGCUUCUUCGACGAGAUGGCUCGCGUCCUGCGCCGCUUCAGGUGGUCCUUGCUCAUGGUUCUCGCCGGCGUCGCCCUUAUCCUCGUCUGCCGCUUCCUCCUGCCCCGCGAGUGGCAGAUCACCGAGUUCUUUGCCAUAUUCCCGCUGGCCAUGGUCCUGUUUUGCCAUGUUGCGCUCCCGAUUGUGUUGAAUCCUGCCUUGAUGACUUUUUCUUGGUGA